GGGCAAACUGACCCAAGUGCUGCCAAAUGUCCUUUGGUGGCUUGUCGUUGGUCGGGCAGGGACCGACCGUGUUCAGUAAAAGUUGGCGUCUUCAGUACUUGUCGAGCGCUGUUCAGUAUCUCCCCAAAGCUUCUUGAAUACCUCCCUCGGACCCUAGCGCGGGUGCAUGCUCAUCAUCGGGGCCAGUAUUCCAUGUCGCCCGAUGUCCUUCAUGAGUUGGUCGGUCCUUAUCACUUAUCUUCCUGA